AUAACUUGUGGUAAUAUCAUUUGGAAUUAGAUAUUUCUAGAUUCCGAGGUUUGAGCGGAUUAAUGCUCAGGAUAAGUGGAAAGAAGGUUAGUAUAAGUGGCAAGUUUUUAUUGGUUUCAGAGAUAUACAGGAGCGAAGUAGUCGAACUCUGUCGAAUGGUUCCCAGGCCGUCUUCAUCUCUUCACUCGGUUUGUGGAGUAUUGGACUGGCACGUGAAGCAUUGUUUGCUUCGCUUUGUUAACUCCACUCGGUUUAACAUCGUGAAAAUACAAGACAAAUACAAAACACUCCAGAGGUUUUCAAGCGUGGUAGAAUGUAGAUAACUGUUAUACGUACAGGGUAUAGUGAUACUACAAUUGAUUUGAACCUAAGAAGGUCGCUGUCCACAACAAACCUAUUGCAUGCAACUGCGUGAAUUGAAAUACAGUUUCUUUUUCAUAUUAGUCACGCGUCGUGAUUUGCAAAUGUUAUGCGACAAUUAUCUCCGCCAUUGAUCGUAAAUAAUGGGGAACACGUGCUGGACGUGAAUACACAAAAAGCGCGCACAAUGCAUGUCUGUAUACAACAGCCUAAUUAUUAUCAUACCUUAUUAACACUCCAUCAUUCUGGCAUGCGUAACGAGCCAACCGCUAUGGGGGCUUUUUAUUGCAAAUAUCUUAUUUGAAUACUUCUCAAUAUAACGGCAACCUUACGCGUGGCGCUUAUUGUAUCCAAACAAAACGCAGCUGGGAGCGGAUUGAAGAUAUUCUAUCAAAAUUAACUUGGUUUCGAAGUAUUCAUUUUAAAAUCUUAAUUUAAUACAAUUCAAAAGGAGUCAGGGUUAAGAGUACAAAAAGUUUUUUGUUUCUAAUUUGAAUACUGAUGGGUCGUUUGUUUGGUUAGCCUAAGCAUACAGAACAGCUUUUGUGGGAUUAAGUAUCUAAAGAAAGGUGGUUGAAUGCCUCGGGUAUUCAUGAACUGAUAAAUAUCUACAGCUUUGUGGUCGUUUUGCCAAUGUUCCCUUUUGGAGAAGUUUAGAUCAGGAACGUGAAUUCUACGCUAAAUUGAAUCUGUGUUCAAGGGGACACGGAAAAUAAUUACGGAUAAACAAGGGGAUACGGAAAAUUUAAAUAACAACGUCUCGUGUGUCCUGCUACAAACUCGUUGGCGCCAAUCUUUUCAUCUUGUCGUACAGUUCAUUUCAUGCAAGAUAUCAUCAUUUGCGUCUGGUUGUAGUUUAUCAUGGCUUGAUCUGUUUGCAUUUGAAGCAACGAUAUAGUCCACACGUCACCUUGAUUUCACCAGUUGCAUGCAGCAGCACUUCGUUGCGAAGAUAAAGAAAAUAAGAGAGACAAUUUCAACAAGCUCGGUUGUUGGCUGCAUUCAACAGAUACACCCUAAAGAUAUUUUAUAUUCCAAGUGUUGAACGAUUAUCGUAUUAUAUUGUUGACAGUGUAUUCGGUCAAAACGUGAAACAUUUUGCGAAAGAUUUUCUAGGAUUUCAUUGCAUGAUGUCAUUAGAGGUCACUCGUUGUGAAGACGCAAAGGAGUCUUGUCAGGCAUUACCCAAAGUGAACAGAAAACUUCAACGUUGUGUGGAAAUGUGUAUAAGUUUAAAAGAUCGGAAGAUUUUGGUUAGCGCUCAUGGGCUCUUUGUCAUCUCCCUUGGCGUUGUUCUGCUUGUCGGCCACUUUGUUAUCGAGGCGACUACGACGUCGACGGUUCAUACACGAUCAUCUAUUCCGACAGCAGUAACUUCAGUGCUGGCUGUCUUCAGUGGAUUUCUCUUCGCGUCUCUUGUUUUCAAAAAACAACGAUAUUUGAUAAUCACGACCACGAUCUCGUCUACUGUAUCAGGCAUACUGUCCGCUAUUGGCGCAGUGCAUUAUGGUAUAACAGUGACAAACCGUCUGAUGGCGCUCUCCGAUUGUGUAUACACAAGUUAUGAACGCCUUUGCGCCUGCUCCGUAGUGACGUCAUCUUCACGAGUGACGUACAAUUUUGAGAAUACCGUCAGUUGUGCUAUUAUCACUAAACAUCUUCGUGAGGUGGCAUAUGGAAUGUGUGGUGUCUACGCUGUAACAUUUGUAUCUUGUUUCGGUGCCGCUGUUUAUGCAAUAUUGCUGGCGCACAAACUUGAAAUCAGGAGGAUAACGAAUGAACGGAGAGAUGAUGACGUCAUAUGCAAAGAGAAACAACCGCUGGACGACGAGCACUCCGCUGAGAUACUUCAAGCAGAGGACAGCAAGAAAUCGUCAUCGCCAUGGCGACAAGAUGUUUCGACGCAAACCGCGUCACGAAGCACUGGAAACGACGCAAGCUGUCGUCAUCAAUGUCGUCAUUUUGUCGAGGUGACUGUACCAGACACAAACAAUGAUUUUGUUGUGAACAUCACCAAAAGCAGCGAUCCUCCCCCUCCAUACUGUGAAACGGUUUAUACUUGAAGUGAAAUGAAAGAAAGUUAUCUGACAUCAUAUCAUCACGAUUUUUGAAGCAGAUUCUUUAAAGUAUUGUAAAGGCUGACCAAAUAUUUUCACCAGAAAGAGAGUUUAAAUUUGUACAUCUCGGGAUUACGAGUGGGACGUCAGGACGACAUUUAGAUCACCGUUUUCCGUGCAUCUUGGAGUUGUUCAUUCAUUUGUAUAUAUAUAAUUUAUAGCUAGUUGAUAGCCAAAGAAUUUAAUGCAAAUAUAUGUAUAUUUGGGCUUUGUGUGAAGUUCAAAAUACCUGCAAAUUGGUGCCUUUUCACUUUUAAUAUUCUCUUCGAUUGUACAGAAAUUACCAUAUUAA